AUGGACCUGAAGAUGGCCCUUCAAUACCACCGACCAUCCCAAGAACACAACCAAACCAGAAUGAUGAAUCACCCGUCUGGUCAAGCUUUGGCCUACGUCGAACAGCAUAGUCACAGGAUGCCUGCACAUGAUGGCAUGCCUGCGCGUGCCCCUCCGACCAUGACCAGUACUGCGCCGACACCAACCCUUCAAGAUCUCUACGAAGCACUUCGCGACACCCCCGAGUACAAGGUCGCCCAAAUGUUUCAAGAAAGAUUCAAGCAAGAGGAUGACCCAGACGUGGAGGAGCUCUAUCAGUUGUAUCUCCAGAAUGGAAACAAGCCCAUGAAGAAGCUUGUCUUCAAGGAGAAGGGCGGAUACCCCAAGGAUGGACGUGUCGACCCUAACGCGAAUGUAAGCACAUUUGUGUAUCCUCUCAUCUCUUCAAUAGCCAUUGAUACUCCAUGCCCAUCGCUUUCAUUCCCAGAUACAAUGAGACGUAUGCUAACUUGUGGUAGUGGGGAAUCUAUCAACGGAUGCAUGGCGACCCAGAGAAUCAUCGAAGAUAUCCCCUUGAUCACAUCCCAUUUCCACCUUGUGGUAUGGAGGUCAAAUGGGUGGCUCCUGGAGAUCCAGGCUAUCCAGCCGAUCCUGAACAUACAGCUACUUUCCGCCAACAACGCACCGCUGCUGAAAGUGCAACUGCCCCCCUCUCUCCUCAACUCCCUGAGCAUAUGAGAGAGCAACUUUCUCAGGUACAUGAAUCCGCUGCCACCUUUCAUGACGGCGAUGACCGCACUUUCUUCCCUGCAGCUGCCCUGCAACUCACUACUCCACAAGCCAUCAACUUGACACAUGAACGUGGAUUCACCAGUGCUCAAAAAGACCUGAGGACCAUCCAAGAGGAGGCAUACAAGGCAACUGUUGGAAAACGUGAAGCACAAAGCUUAUACAAUCCAUAUGCAACUCCAGGAAGUUCUAGUUAUGGCCAAAAGUAUCCAAGUCACAGUCCUAGCGUGUUGGCCUAUAUUCACAAUCAACAAAGCAGUGCCACCAGCUCGCCAACAGUCAAUCGGUCAAUGCAGAAGUCGGCUUCCCAAAUCGCAAGAGACAUUGGUGCUCAGCUCACUACCAACGUCAAGCCUGAAAUGCCAGCCCAACACCACCAACGACAGAGCGCCUCAAACCAACUCCGUCCAGAUUCACCAUCAUUCAACUUGCAGCAACCACGAAAGGCAUCCAAUGAUUCACAAAGCAGCGCUCUCACUCCCAAUCUCGGAAAGGGCAACCACUCCCAUGAGCUUCUUGAGAUCCUUCGUCAGACGUCUUCAGGCGCAAGCGCUACACCACAACCCAAAGUCAACCAUGCACAUCGCCCAAGCUCGCAGCCAGAUCUCAUGGACACAAUUCGUGGUAAUACAGGCAUGUCACUUCUUCAACAGCACGAGUUGAGACUACAGCAAGCAGCUGCAGAGCGAGAGAGAUUCAAUGCUAGCGCUGGCCAUGCGAAUAGCACGCUCAACUUCAGACAAGCUCCCAGCCGUCACCAAACCCACAGUCAACAAUUCUCUGGUGCCUCUGUUAGCUUUGGCUCAAGUGCUGGUUCCUCAUCUGCAUACCUUCAAAGCUUGCAACAAAACCCCAGCUACUACCAACCAAAUCAAGCAAGCACAACCAGACCACAUGGUCACUUUCGCACUGCAUCUACACGCCCAAGUGAUGCGAAGCAGGUUCCGAUGACAAACCAAGCACCUACAAAAGCAACUGCCCAAGCAGAAAUGAGUUCCAGUGCUAGUCAUGCAACUACUGGUCAAGCAAAGCCAAGUUCAAGUUUCAACCCGGGCAACUUCAACGCCUCAAACAUUGAUUUCAGUUUCAAGCCAUUUUGA